CAACCCAACCGGAUUACAAGAAGCACGAGCUGUCCAGAGACAGAGUGGUGCUGAAAUACACGCGUUAUCCUUUCAGCACGACACACAUGCACACCAUGGAGGCCGGAGCGAGAGGAAUGCACUGGAAACUUUUAAUACUUUCUUGUCUCUUGGCGGACGGGAUGAGCCAGGACUUCGGACAGACCCAGUUUAUUUGCACGUCCGUGCCCAAGGAUAUGGACAUAUGCGCCGCCACACUGCAGAACAGCGUGCCCGGUGAGGAUCUGAAGAGCACGGUAAUGCAGCUGCGAGAAACCGUACUGCAACAGAAAGAAACGAUCAUGAACCAAAAAGAAACCAUUAGAGAACUGACUUCCAAGUUGACGCGAUGCGAGAGUCAGAGCGCCUCCGAGCCCGGUGACGCCCGGGUCGGGGGACGACGAAAAGAACCGGGCGCUAAGAACACGAUGGGGGAUGUAUCGAGGGGUCCGACGGAUACGCUGGCUCAACUCUCUCAGACUUUACAAUCCCUCAAGCAGAGACUGGAAAACCUGGAGCAAUUUAGCCGGAAUAACAACUCAGUCCAGGCGAACAGCUUAAAAGAUCUUCUGCAGACCAAAAUUGACGACUUGGAGAAGCAGGUGCUGUCCCGAGUGAACGGGCUAGAGGAAGGAAAGCCGGGGCUGCGCAACGAGAGCGAGCAGCGCGGGCGCGUCGAAUCCACUCUCACCUCACUGCAGCAGAGAAUCACUGAUCUAGAGAAAGGUAAACAGGAUAACAGACCCUUGGAUAAAUUUCAGCUGACGUUCCCACUGAGGACCAACUACAUGUAUGCUAAAGUAAGAAAGAGCCUGCCGGAGAUGUACGCCUUCACAGUGUGCAUGUGGAUCAAAUCCAACGCCUCUCCGGGAGUGGGAACGCCUUUCUCUUAUGCGGUGCCUGGUCAGGCUAAUGAGCUGGUGCUUAUCGAAUGGGGAAACAACCCAAUGGAACUGCUCAUCAAUGAUAAGGUUGCAAAGCUGCCCUUCCUCAUCAAUGAUGGCAAAUGGCAUCACAUUUGUGUUACUUGGACCACACGAGAUGGAGUGUGGGAAGCAUACCAGGAUGGUGUAAUGAGGGGAAAUGGGGACAGUCUGGCUCCUUACCAUCCAAUCAAACCACAAGGGGUCCUAAUUCUGGGACAGGAACAGGACACUCUGGGCGGAGGAUUUGACGCCACUCAAGCGUUCGUCGGCGACAUGGCGAAUUUUCACAUUUGGGAUCGAAAGCUGUCAGUCGGAGAGAUUUAUAACCUGGCCACCUGCAGCAGCAAAGCACAAGUGGGGAAUGUCUUCUCGUGGUUGGAAACCAACAUCGAGGUCUUCGGAGGGGCUUCAAAAUGGACUUUCGAAGCCUGUCGCCAGCUGAACUGAACAUGGAGAAAUCUUAAAGCCAGUGAGAGAUACGAGUUACCAGGUCUCUGUUAUCAAAUCAUUCACCUUCGAAGGACAUUUUCAAACAAGCACAAUCACGGACAUCAGUAUGAUCGGGAAUUUUCUAGGCAUUUCAAUAAUUCUCGUCUCUUGACAUUUCUAAACAAUCAGUUUAUUUCUGGAUUGCUCGUAAUUCUUAGCUCGAAGGCGCUGCGUUUUUGCAUCCUUCUCUCUCGGGCAAGCGACGCCUUGUCGGAAAACUACUCAACAUGAUACGGCACACGCAUCUUUGCAAUCUGGAUCAUUUGACCCUUCCCCCUCCCUUCUCGCAGGAAGCCAUAUAGUCUCGCAGUAGAUGUCUGAAACCACUUAAGUUACUUCUGGCCCAUCAGGAUUAUUAGAUUGAUCUACUCACUGCCUGGGAUACUCACUGUGAACUACGGAUGUAGAAUGUAAAACAAGCGAAGACGAGUACAAAACGAUGUUUUUGUUCUUUGGUUUCUUUUCUUCUUGUGAUUUUAUUCUGUCUUAUCACCUCCUGCUUGACGCAUUUUCGUUGGUGUGUGCGUUUGUGUGUGUGUGUGUGUGUGUG